UACAACAAAGUAACGAUAAUAAGCUAAGAUGCGCACAUUUUGGAGUGAUCCCGGAAAAUACAGGGAUAUGUCAAGGGCUCGAAAAAAUCAUCAUCAUCAAUUCAUCACAUCCAAAAUCUAGUUUUGAACAAAACCAUUGUUCAACCUUCUUAACCAGUAAUCUUCAAUUUCUGCAAAAAUGAUACUGCAAACUCAAUCUCUUUCUUCCCACAUUAUCCCUUCAAAUUAUCUCCCAACCCAGAAACUCAAAUCAUCUUCAAAACCCCUCAAUUUUCUCUCUCCUAAAUCUCGCAAAUCCCCCCUAAAAUGCUCCUCCAUUUCAGUAGCUUCAGACCCAUCAUCAUCAUCAUCAACAACAGCCACCCAAAUCAAACCUUACCCAGCUGAAGUUUCAAGGACUAUAAUGGAGUUAUCUUCAUCUGGGACUCUUUCUACUUUGACCCAUGAUGGUUGGCCUCUUGGUAUUGGUGUUCGUUUAACAGUUGAUUCUGAUGGUACCCCUAUUUUGUGCACUAAUCUCUCUAAUCGACAUUUUUCUAUUGAUAAAAGGUCUACUCUUCAUGUUCAGCUACCGCAAUGUGGAUUGAGGACACCACAGUGUACUAUACAAGGUAGCUUGGAUAAACCUGAUGACAAAACGACAGUAAAGAAGCUUCAUUCAGUGUGGAAAAAGAGAUUUGGGGAAGAGAUUAAUGAAGACCUAUUGUAUGUUGUCUCUGUGGACCGCAUACUGCAGCUAGAAGAUUUUCAGGAGGAUGGUGUUUGGGUUACAUCUUCUGAUUAUAAAAAUGCAUACCCAGAUCCUCUAAGAGAUAUUGCAGAAAAGGUUGUGACUGAGAUCAAUGCAAACAACAUGGAAGAUGUGCUUCGCUUUUGCAGCAUUUAUGCAGAUUUGCAAUUCCAGGUAUCAGAGGCAAAAAUGGUGUGGGUUGAUAGGUUGGGUUUCGACAUGCGUCUGUAUUCACCUCCAAGUGGAAUGUAUGAGAUUCGGAUUCCAUUCCCUAGGGAAGUGACUGAUGAGAAGGGUGUGAAAUCAACAUUCAAUGGGAUGUCUCAAAUUGCUUGGGAAGUAGAAAAAAAUUACUAUCCCCUAGAUUUUAAGAGAGUUAAACAAGUAAAGAAGAUUGUGGUGGCAGGAUCAUAGAAGAUGAUGGAUUUCAUUGCUUAUACUUGUCUCUUCUUCCCAGAGGCAUAUGUCUCUUUGACAGGCCAUUUUUUGAGGUGGAAAUGUGGAAUGAUAACCACUUCUGCAAUUUGUUCCGGGUGCAUUGUUGUCUUUGUUGGCCAUUUAGAUUACUGGCAAAACUAAAAGUUGGACAUUAUUAAUAGCAGAGUAUAUUUCAUAUGCGGAUUGGUAGUUUUAGAUUGUAACUGUAUCAUCUAUUGUUGAAUCAUAUUAAUCCUGAAUUUAAAUUGGCAGCCAAAUUUUGCA